AUGACAAGCGCUCCUCCCAACACAUUUGCUACAAUCCAUGGCUAUGAUUACAAGCUCGUUCAGCCUUCUUGCCCUACGGGUCUUUAUGGCACGUGGAGUAAGGUAACGGCGAUGAAGGAAGCCUUAAAGCACUACGAAUUUGUCGUUUUUCUGGAUGCAGACGCCAUAAUUCGCCGUCCGCACCUUCCCAUGGAAUGGCUUUUUAACUACUGGGACAUAACGCCGGAUACGCUUCUCGCCUUGGCCCUCGACCCAGACGAACCGCAAAAUCGGGACGCGAAAGGGAAAACCCUCCUCAACACUGGCUUUAUGAUUGGACAGAAGGACAGGAGGACGCAGAAGCUUUUCGAAGCGUGGGAAUCAUGCCCUACUGACGUGCGAUAUCCCGAGUGCUCCAAAUGGAGUCAACAAUGGUCGCAUGAACAAGCCGCCUUUGGAAAUUAUCUUCGGUAUGACUCUUCCCUGGAAGGAGAGAUCAAGACUCUUUCAUGCGCAGAGGCGAAUGGAUACCCUGAGAUGGCUAAAUUAAAUUGCACUGGGGAGUUUGUGCGGCACUAUUGGAUUUACAAGGAUUUGCUGCCGCCCGUUGUUGAGAGUUCGAUCACACAGUACUUCCUCCCCAGGGUGCAAGGACUUCUUCAGCAAAACUUUGCUAGCAUAGUGCUAAAUAUAAGCGAGCCCAUGGAGUCUUAUUUUCAGGAAUGA